CAUAGUACUACAACUACAACAACAACCACAAGAAUAAAGUGGAACAUUUCCAAGAAAAGGCUAGGCCAAACAAAAAUCAGAUGUGCUGGUUCUUGCACACGCUUACUCUCGAGUAAGCAGGCGCAGCCCAUGCUUCCAGUUCAACAAAAACCCUGAACGCUGCACCCUCAACUCUUCGCCACGAGGCGGCGCCGCGGAGCCAAUAGGAGGCUCGGGGAGGCGUGGGCGUGGUCCGGCCCAGCGGAGGCCGCCCUCCCUUUGUGACGUAGGGGGUGGGCGGGCCCCGUCCCAUUGUGACGGCUCCGCGAGGGGGGCGUGGCCCCCGCCUCGACCUGCUCACUUUCCCAGCCGGCUGACUGAGCCGCUCAUUCAUUCAUAAAGAAGAGGCGGCGGCGGGAGAGGCUGACAGCGCCGCGCUCGGCUCCCUUUCUCCGGUUUUCCCCUGAACGCUUGGCAGCCGCUUCUUCCGGACGGACCGGCCUUUCCUCCCCAGCUUCGUUUUGCGGCUGCUUUGAAACCGAACCCCUCAAGAUGAACAGGACCCUGAAUUUCUUCUCAGCCCUCAGCCUCCUGAUGGCUUUCUUCUGUCAUCAGGCACAAGCAUGCGGCAGUCAAGAGUACUGGAGUUCCAAAGGCUACUGUGUCCCUUGCGAAGGGUGUCCUCCGGGAGAGGAGCCAGACAGGACAUGUGGCUAUGGGAAAGGACUGGGGAUGAUUUGCAAGGCUUGCUCUGCAGGAACCUUCUCUCCCAGUUACGGGCUGGAAUUCUGCACGCUGCAUACCCACUGCGAAGCCAAAAGGAGGGUUCAUGCCAGCCCUGGAACAGCCGCGGCGGACACCUUGUGCGGGGACUGCAUGCCCGGAUAUUAUAGCCCUGAAGGUGAGACAGACCCAAACGCCACCUGCCUGCCCUGUUUGUCUGCCCCCAAAGGCCUCCCAGGUUGCUCAGGAUCCAGGAAGUGGCUGACCCGCCUGGCACGCAACGCCGAAGCUCUGCAGAGGCGGGACAACAAGAUGGCUGCCAACGGAACCCGAGAGGGGAAGCCGGAGGAGAGCGCCACCCAGUAUGCCGUCUUGGCCAUUGUCCCGGUUUUCUGCGUGAUGGGCCUGCUAGGGAUCCUCUUCUGCAACCUGUUGAUGAAGAAAGGCUAUCACUGCACCGCCCACAAGGACACGGACGAGGAGGGGGCCAAAUCCGAGAGGAACGGGAAUAGUCCUGCCUACAGAAUCGAAGAUGCCAACGAAGACACCAUUGGGGUCUUGGUGCGUCUGAUCACAGAGAAGAAAGAGAACGCCGCAGUCUUGGAGGAGAUGCUGAAAGAUUAUCACAGCAAGCAGGUCUUGCAGCCCAUCUAUAAGCCCGUCAACAAGCUGCAUCUUCUGCCUCAGUUGCCCCACAUUUGCAGGCACCAGCACCACCUGCACACAGUCCAAGGCUUGGCCACCCGCCCGGGCCCCACCUGCACCCGGUGCAGCCAGAAGAAGUGGCCGGAGGUGCUGCCCUCGGCAGAAGCCACGCCGGCCACCUCCAUCGCUCCUGGCAGCGCCACCGCGAAGCUUUCGAAGCCCGGAGUCAAGGCUUGCAGGCCGGGAGAGAUCACCAUUCUCUCCGUGGGCAGAUUCCGCGUGGCUCGUAUCCCCGAGCAGAAGCCCAGCCCCUCGGAAGUGAAAACCGUUUCGGAGAGCGUGGGGGCCGAGCCCGCCGAACCCCCCUAUGCCUGCCUCGUCCCGGAGGAAAAGCCACUGGUCAGCAACGGAGUGAAGCCGAAAUGGCUUACGACGGCAGAUGGCCGACAAGAGGUGAUCAUCUGACUCCAAGCCGCCGCGACGCAGAUGGGACAUUGGAUCAAGGGGAGGUCUCCGGCCGAACAGCCAUCACCCGAGGCUUGCGAGCGCUGGGCGCUGAAGAAGGUGAAGGACUGCCCUCGUUUCCCCCCCACCUUGCUCUUGGGAAACCGCCAGCAUCCUGGAGCAGAGCCAUGGGGCAGGCCCUCCAUGGGUGUAACGCCGUCUGUGCCACCUGGAGAGUCGAACUCUGGAGGACACCCUUGGCAUUGCAAAGACUCUCCCCUGCCCUUCCCCCCCCCCCUGCGCAAGGACCUAAGGGAAGCAACGCGGUGGGGGCUUUAGGGGAGGGGCUCCUUUUGGCCGCCAAACUUGGAAUACCACUACAUGUGCGCUUUUGUUUACAUGGCAUGGAAUCAGCUCUCUAGCGCCAGCCAGGCUAGGUAGGCUUCUGAACAGUGAAAAAAUAGUUUUUGGGGGUUGUUUUUUUCCCCCAGGGGUGAAAAUCCUCCAUAGAUCUAACACAGGGCCAAAUUCUGCUGCAGAGGAAAUAGAUGCUUUAGAAGUUUUUCGCUUUCCCAAGCCGCUGUACAGGAUCCGGUCGUGAGGGCAUAGGGUUUUCUCAGCACCAAACCAGCAAUAUUUGCUUUUGUUUCUUUGAGUUGUAUCAUGCCUUUUCUCCCAGGAAGUGAAGGGGGCAAACGUGGUUCAUCUCCACCCCUAUUAGACUCAAAACACGCUGAGAAGGAGGUCUGGCCCAUGGUCACCCAGUGGACUGAGUGGGGAUUCGAACCCUGGUCUCCCAGGUCCUAGACUUGACACUACAGCACACCUUUCUGCCACUGGGGAGGGCGUUCAUCCCUACGAUUCCCCACCUGCCCCCUAAGUAGCUAUUAUGCUGGCUUAGUGCAGUUAUGAAACGGGUUUCCUCCAAUGUCAUGCGCACCCCCACAAGAUGCAAGCAUCAAUGGUGUCGCCCAGCUCCUGGUUCCCUCAUUUCGCCCUCAUUUUAAUGGGGGGGGGGCUUUAUUUAGAGAGCAAUCUAUUGCUCUCCUGGUACCGACCGAAAGAGAGCGCUUGUUUUUGUGUGUGUCUGGAAACGCCCUUGGGGCCUGAUCCGCUGGGAAGCCCCUCCAUGCAAACGCCAUUAACCCUGCUACCCAGGGCCUGUCUG